AUGCUAACAUCGGCCAAGAAAUAUAAUGCCAGCUUUGCGGCGAUCAAGCUCGAUAAGGGGCUGAAAGAACAACUCCCUGUGUGGUACCACAUAAGCACAAAGAAGCAGCUACGACGGCUGGACAACACGAAGCUUAGUAAAUGCUUACGUCUGAAUCACCACACAGUUACUGUGGCUGACCUAGUACAAGCAUCAAGACAUGAUACACUGAUAGAAACGAACCCUGAUGACGAGAACGACGUCUGCGUAUGUGAUAGGUGUGACGAGGACCGACGCAGAGGCUGCGAAGACCCUCUAAAGUGCAGAGAAGCCGCCGGAAGGUUAUUGCUAAACAUAGAUGACAAAUGGAACCCAACAGCGAGGUCGCCGAACGACAAUCUAACACUCACAAAGCGACGCAAAGAAUCUAACACACAGGCCGCAGAGACCAAGGGAGCAGUAACCUUUAACCCAUCAGUGACUGAGCGAGGCGGCAUAAAGGAAGCACUCAGGGUAUUCGUAGAUGAAGAGAACAUACUGAACCCACCAGCGAUCCGCCCACGUAAAGGGAUCAUAGUUGAGGAAGAGAAUUGCAAGGCGUAC